CCCUUGCGGGCGUCUGCAUUUCCUAGCGCCGUGAUUUCGCCUAGUAACCUGUCCCUGCACUGGCCCCGCCUACGGAGCCCGGGCUGGAGGAAGAGCUGGUGCCUAGGCGCCCAAAUAUAGACUGUCAAUUUCGGUUCCAAGGACGGUGAUGGCAAAGCUUACUCCGGCUGCUUGUCAGAUCAGACCUCUCACAGAAUAAAUCCCGCCGCCUGCUGCAAAGCCCCCCUCCCCCUCCCCGGCCCACCUCAAACUUGGCGAACUGGGUAAUCCGUGUCUGGAUGUGCAGAUCUCUGAUUUUAAAGGCGGAGUGACUCAGGGGAGAACCACUCUCGCGGGCCUAAGCACCCAGUUGCAGUGAGGCGUGCGCGCGGGUGCUGGCGCCCCCAAAGCCGCCUGGCCCCGAGGGAAGGAGUCGGGGCGCCCAUCGGGGUCUUGCUGCUGCACACCAGGAGCUGCCGCAGCUCAUCUCCCGCAGCAGCGGAUGAUGGUGGUGACCAGCGUGCUGGGCUGUGCCUGUGCGUCGCCACGGAAAUCGGCGCCCAGCGCUGUACCCUGAGCCCUUGCAGGUCCGCUGCAGCCGGAGCCUUGAAGAAGACAGAACCGGCGCGCGGGGCACCGGGGGUCGCGUGGGGUCGGCUUAUCAUGGCGGAUCGGACAGCUCCCAGUUGCCAGCUUCGGCUGGAGUGGGUGUACGGGUACCGGGGUCACCAGUGCCGCAACAACCUGUACUACACCGUCGGCAAGGAGGUGGUUUACUUUGUAGCUGGGGUAGGGGUGCUGUACAACACCAGAGAGCACAGCCAAAAAUUCUUCCUGGGACACAAUGACGACAUUAUCAGCCUUGCCUUACACCCAGAUAAAACUCUGAUUGCAACUGGCCAAGUUGGGAAGGAGCCAUAUAUAUGCGUAUGGGAUUCUUAUAAUGUCCAGACUGUGUCUAUUCUCAAAGAUAUCCAUACACAUGGAGUUGCAUGCCUGGCUUUUGACUCGGAUGGACAGCGUUUAGCCUCUGUGGGAUUGGAUGCCAAAAACACAGUAUGCAUUUGGGACUGGAGAAAGGGGAAACUUCUGGCCUCAGCUACUGGCCAUUCUGACCGGAUUUUUGAUAUUUCUUGGGACCCAUAUCAGCCAAAUAGAAUGGUUAGCUGUGGAGUAAAGCAUAUAAAGUUUUGGACACUAUGUGGAAAUGCCCUGACUGCAAAACGAGGGAUUUUUGGGAAAACAGGAGAUCUUCAGACUAUCCUUUGCCUUGCAUGUGCCAAAGAAGACAUCACAUACUCUGGUGCUUUAAACGGUGACAUCUACGUCUGGAAAGGGCUCACCUUGGUCCGAACUAUUCAAGGAGCACACAGUGCUGGAAUCUUUAGCAUGUAUGCUUGUGAAGAAGGCUUUGCUACUGGUGGGCGAGAUGGCUGUAUACGAUUAUGGGACACUGAUUUCAAACCAAUAACCAAAAUUGAUCUCAGGGAGACGGAACAAGGAUAUAAAGGCCUCUCUAUCCGGAGUGUGUGCUGGAAAGCAGACCGUCUUCUAGCUGGAACCCAGGACAGUGAGAUAUUUGAAGUGAUCGUUCGAGAGAGGGAUAAACCAGUGCUCAUCCUUCAGGGCCACUGCGAGGGUGAGCUCUGGGCUCUGGCCUUGCACCCCAAGAAGCCUCUGGCCGUGACAGGCAGUGAUGACCGCUCUGUCAGGCUGUGGAGUCUAGCCGACCAUGCCUUGAUUGCCCGCUGCAAUAUGGAGGAAGCAGUCCGUAGUGUCUCCUUCAGCCCUGAUGGAUCUCAGUUGGCCCUGGGUAUGAAGGAUGGCUCUUUCAUUGUUCUCCGAGUCAGAGACAUGACAGAAGUGGUCCAUAUAAAAGAUAGAAAAGAAGUCAUUCAUGAGAUGAAAUUCUCCCCAGAUGGCUCUUACCUGGCGGUAGGGUCCAAUGAUGGUCCUGUGGAUGUCUAUGCUGUCGCCCAGCGGUAUAAGAAAAUAGGAGAAUGCAGCAAGUCCCUGAGUUUCAUCACACACAUUGACUGGUCUCUGGAUAGUAAAUACUUGCAAACCAAUGAUGGUGCUGGGGAGAGACUGUUCUACAAAAUGCCAUCGGGGAAACCUUUAACAAGUAAGGAAGACAUCAAAGGGAUUCACUGGGCCUCCUGGACCUGUGUAAGAGGUCCCGAAGUGAGUGGGAUUUGGCCCAAGUACACUGAGGCCAUUGACAUCAACUCGGUAGACGCCAACUACAGUAGCUCAGUGCUGGUAUCUGGAGAUGACUUUGGACUAGUCAAACUCUUCAAAUUUCCUUGUCUGAAAAAAGGAGCCAAAUUCAGAAAGUAUGUGGGCCACUCUGCACACGUCACGAAUGUCCGUUGGUCCCAUGAUUUCCAGUGGGUGUUAAGCACAGGAGGAGCAGAUCACUCAGUUUUUCAGUGGAGGUUUAUUCCAGAAGCUGUCAGCAAUGGCUUGCUGGAAACCACACCCCAGGAAGGUGGUACUGAUUCCUACAGUGAAGAAUCUGAUUCAGACUUGUCUGAUGUACCAGAACUGGAUUCUGAUAUUGAGCAGGAAGCUCAGAUCAAUUAUGAUCGUCAGGUCAGUAAAGACAGCACAAAAGCCUGGACUGAUGGAAAAUGUCUGGUGUCGGUUGGUUUAGACGAUUUUCACAGUGUUGUGUUUUGGGACUGGAAAAAGGGAGAAAAGAUAGCCACAACCAGAGGACAUAAAGAUAAAAUAUUUGUGGUAAAGUGUAAUCCACACCAUGUUGACAAGCUGGUUACAGUUGGAAUUAAGCAUAUCAAAUUCUGGCAACAAGCAGGUGGGGGCUUCACCUCUAAAAGAGGAAUUUUUGGAAGUGCUGGAAAAUUGGAAACAAUGAUGUGUGUUUCUUAUGGGCGAAUGGAAGAUCUAGUGUUCUCAGGGGCAGCCACCGGAGAUAUUUUUAUCUGGAAGGAUGUUCUGUUACUGAAGACAGUGAAAGCUCAUGACGGGCCCGUGUUUGCUAUGUAUGCACUGGACAAGGGCUUUGUAACAGGUGGAAAAGAUGGGAUCGUGGAACUCUGGGAUGACAUGUUUGAAAGAUGCUUGAAGACCUAUGCCAUCAAAAGGGCUGCACUGUCAACUAGCUCUAAAGGCUUGCUUCUGGAGGAUAACCCUUCCAUUCGUGCCAUCACCCUGGGGCAUGGACACAUUCUUGUGGGGACAAAAAACGGAGAGAUUCUAGAAAUUGAUAAAAGUGGCCCAAUGACACUGCUUGUUCAGGGACACAUGGAAGGGGAAGUGUGGGGAUUAGCAGCGCACCCUCUCCUGCCCAUCUGUGCAACAGUAAGUGAUGACAAAACCCUUCGGAUCUGGGAAUUAUCCUCCCAGCACCGCAUGCUGGCAGUACGGAAACUGAAAAAAGGAGGAAGAUGCUGUGCCUUCUCCCCUGAUGGGAAAGCCUUAGCAGUUGGCUUGAAUGAUGGAAGUUUCUUGGUGGUAAAUGCUGACAGUGUGGAAGACAUGGUCUCCUUCCAUCACAGAAAAGAAAUGAUCUCUGACAUUAAAUUUUCAAAAGAUACAGGAAAAUACCUUGCAGUGGCAUCCCAUGAUAACUUCGUGGAUAUUUACAACGUACUUACAAGCAAGAGGGUUGGCAUCUGUAAAGGAGCUUCUAGCUACAUCACACACAUUGACUGGGACUCUAGAGGGAAAUUGCUGCAAGUUAAUUCAGGUGCCAAAGAACAACUUUUCUUUGAAGCUCCAAGAGGCAGAAGACAUAUAAUAAGGCCCUCAGAGAUUGAGAAGAUAGAAUGGGACACAUGGACCUGUGUCCUGGGGCCCACCUGUGAAGGAAUCUGGCCAGCACACAGCGACGUGACUGAUGUCAACGCUGCCAGUCUUACUAAAGAUGGCUCCCUCUUAGCCACUGGGGAUGAUUUUGGUUUUGUUAAGCUUUUUUCAUAUCCUGUUAAGGGACAGCAUGCAAGAUUCAAGAAGUAUGUGGGGCACAGCGCACAUGUCACCAAUGUGAGGUGGCUGCACAAUGACUCUGUGUUGCUCACAGUAGGAGGUGCUGACACAGCCUUGAUGAUCUGGACUAGGGAAUUUGUGGGGACCCAGGAGAGCAAACUGGUUGAUAGUGAGGAGUCAGAUACAGAUGCAGAAGAAGAUGGAGGCUAUGAUAGUGACGUUGCUAGAGAGAAAGCCAUUGACUAUACCACCAAGAUCUAUGCUGUGAGCAUCAGGGAAAUGGAAGGUACCAAACCACACCAGCAGCUAAAAGAGGUGUCCAUGGAAGAAAGGCAGGGAAUUGUCAAGGGAUCAAGGCCACCCGUAAGCCGGGCAGCUCCCCAGCCAGAGAAACUCCAGAAGAACAACAUCACUAAAAAGAAAAAGCUGGUCGAGGAGCUGGCUCUGGACCAUGUGUUUGGCUACAGAGGGUUUGACUGCCGGAACAACCUGCAUUACCUUAAUGAUGGUGCCGACAUCAUUUUCCAUACUGCGGCUGCUGGCAUUGUACAGAACCUCUCCACAGGCAGCCAGAGCUUCUACCUGGAGCACACAGAUGACAUCCUCUGCCUCACAGUGAACCAGCACCCAAAAUACAGAAACGUGGUGGCUACCAGCCAGAUAGGGACAACACCCUCAAUUCAUAUCUGGGAUGCCAUGACCAAACACACCCUCUCCAUGCUGCGGUGCUUCCACUCCAAAGGGGUGAAUUACGUCAACUUCAGUGCGACUGGGAAGCUCCUGGUAUCUGUGGGUGUGGAUCCAGAGCACACCAUCACUGUCUGGCGAUGGCAAGAAGGUACCAAGGUUGCCAGCCGAGGGGGUCACUUAGAGCGUAUAUUUGUGGUAGAAUUUCGCCCUGACUCGGACACACAGUUUGUAUCUGUUGGGGUCAAACACAUGAAGUUCUGGACUCUGGCUGGAAGUGCUCUGCUGUACAAGAAAGGGGUCAUCGGGUCCAUGGAAGCUGCCAAGAUGCAGACAAUGUUGUCCGUGGCUUUUGGUGCUAACAGCCUCACUUUCACCGGUGCCAUCAAUGGAGACAUCUAUGUGUGGAAGGAGCACUUCCUCAUCCGGCUAGUGGCCAAGGCUCACACAGGCCCUGUUUUCACAAUGUAUACCACCCUCCGGGAUGGGCUUAUUGUGACAGGCGGAAAAGAACGGCCGACUAAAGAAGGAGGGGCUGUGAAGUUGUGGGACCAGGAGAUGAAGCGCUGUCGGGCUUUCCAAUUGGAGACAGGGCAGCUGGUGGAGUGUGUGCGUUCUGUGUGCCGCGGCAAAGGAAAAAUUUUAGUAGGAACCAAAGAUGGUGAAAUAAUUGAAGUUGGUGAAAAAAAUGCUGCUUCAAACAUCUUGAUUGAUGGACAUAUGGAGGGAGAGAUCUGGGGCCUAGCCACACACCCCUCUAAGGACAUCUUCAUCUCAGCUAGCAAUGAUGGCACAGCAAGAAUCUGGGACCUGGUUGACAAGAAACUGCUAAACAAGGUGAACCUGGGCCAUGCAGCUAGGUGUGCAGCCUAUAGCCCUGACGGGGAGAUGGUGGCCAUUGGCAUGAAGAACGGAGAGUUUGUCAUCUUGCUGGUUAACAGCCUAAAAGUUUGGGGGAAAAAACGAGACCGGAAAUCUGCCAUCCAAGAUAUCAGAAUCAGCCCAGACAACAGAUUCUUAGCUGUGGGCUCUUCUGAGCCCACAGUUGACCUCUAUGACCUCACUCAGGGCCCAAGUCUGAACCGCAUUGGCUACUGCAAAGACAUCCCAAGCUUUGUUAUUCAGAUGGACUUUUCUGCAGACAGCAAAUUCAUUCAGGUGUCAACAGGAGCCUAUAAGCGCCAGGUGCAUGAGGUUCCCCUGGGGAAGCAGGUAACUGAAGCCAUGGUCAUUGAGAAGAUCACCUGGGCUUCUUGGACAAGUGUUCUAGGAGAUGAAGUCAUUGGAAUCUGGCCACGAAAUGCAGACAAGGCUGAUGUCAACUGUGCAUGUGUGACCCAUGCCGGCCUGAACAUUGUCACAGGAGAUGAUUUUGGGCUAGUGAAGCUCUUUGACUUUCCAUGCACAGAAAAAUUCGCCAAGCAUAAACGUUACUUUGGCCACUCAGCUCAUGUGACAAACAUCCGUUUCUCUUAUGAUGACAAGUAUGUGGUCAGCACUGGAGGAGACGACUGCAGUGUAUUUGUGUGGCGAUGUCUGUGAACACCAGAACCUCGUGCACUAUGCUGCUUCUCCCUGGGCCAUGCAGAGGUGCCUCCUCAACACCAACUGCUGUGGGACACACAAGCUCUGGGUGCCAGUGAGGUUGUAGGACUGUCUCACAAUUUGGACUUUGCAAGAUGGUGAUGCCAAGAAGGAAAGUCAAGUCCUACAAUAUUAAGACUAUUUGCCUCUGUUCUGGAGACCAAAACCUACACUUAUUAAGUAACUACACUAACAAAGAAAUCCUGAUAAUGUAGCCCACAAAAUUUACAGCCUCAGUUACCCUAACCAAUAUGUAGCUUUUAAUUUGCAUUAAUACUUUUACAAAGGGGUUUUGAUAUUCUUUUUCUAUAUAUUUCAAGAAUGUUCACUGGACAUGACAGUGUAAGUUGGAAGCACUUAAGUACAGAAAUAGAUAGCCUAUUUGCCACAUCUAACUUUCAAACCAAAUGAGCCAUGUAUAAAAAAGUUUAAAAACUUAAUUUUUUUUAAAGUUUCAUUUUCAGUUUUAUAUCCAUUAAGUGCCUUGGAAGUUCCCAGUUGUGUGGGCUGCUGCCUCACCUCCCAUGUCGUCUCCUGUCUACACAUGGUGCUAAAACUUCAAAACUGAGGAGGGCUACGGGAUUAGCAGACUCCGUCACUUGUCCUGUGCAUAUGUCUAGAGUUUCUAAAGGUAUCAGUUACCUGCUCAGAGAAAGCGAUUAUAAGGAAGGUGAGCAGCAGAGGAACUCCAAUUCUGUGGGAAGUAGCCUGGAUUUUAUGUUAGUGCCAAAUCCACAAUCUAACCUAAAUCCUCCCAACAAAACAACUUCUACGAGUGGGGGUCUCCAGUACGUCCAAGUGAGUGAGCUGAUUUGUUCUGCUAAAAAAGGCUGCCUUUGGUUUAUACCCUUGGGUAGGGCUGGCUUGGCUUCUUUUGUUUCAGAUAAUCAAUGCAGACUAAAUCUAGAUUUAAAAAAAAAAAUCUCUUCAACAAAUUCCCAAUUUCAAGGAGUACUUAAAUUUCUUCAGUCAGUUGUAGGACAGAGUGUGACUUGGACAAUAUUAACUGAAAGCCCCUCAGUUCCGUUACACAGAAGGCACUCACUGGAAAAGGCUGGUAUGGGAUGAAAUCACUGAGUACACAUGCCACAGAGUUCUUCUAGUCUGUGCACUAAAAUUCUGGACAUUGAGUUACUAGCUAUCUGCAGUUGUCAUUUUAGAGAAAGAGUGAAAUGAAGCAUUUUUAGUUAAAGAAUAGAUUAUUAACAUUUACCACAGGAAGCGCUUCAACAUUCUAAAAAGGAUUAGACUACUCAUUAAGCUAUUUUACAUGCCAAUUUAUUAAUGCCUUACAUUAAUCCACUAGUAGGUUGUUGGGCCCUCAGUAGAGUCCCUAUGCAGCGAUAAUUCUGUUUCCUGUAACUGGUGAUGCCGAGUGAUGAUCGUGUCUGCCUAUCUUGCACUACUGACUUUUCGUUCUGAUCAGAUCUUGCAUUUAAAUAACCAUGUGGAUGGACACCAGUUUCAUCAGUGAUAUAUGUACAGGUAUAUUUGAAGAGCAAUAGUGUGUGUUAUAAAGACUUCUGAAAGUCUCAUUUGUAAAGCUUAUGUGGUGUGAUUUUAUGUAUAUUCAUAAAUCUUGCACUGUAUUGUUAAAAUAUUGGUGCACGAGUUUAUUUUCAGUCAAAGUAUAAAAGAAUUUAAAACCUUUUGUUAUGGGUCAAAUAAAUUUCACUAUGUAAAUGUU